GAAACGUAGAAUGAGGACCAAGAUGGCGGACGUCGAUUCUCCUGAGAAGCUAUCAGGGGCGUCUUCGCCACCUGAAGGGGUGGGAGGAGACCGCUGCUCGGAAAUCUCCACCGAGCUCAUUCGCUCUCUGACCGAGCUGCACGAGCUGGAAGCUGUGUACGAACGGCUCUGCGGCGAGGAGAAAGUGGUAGAGAGAGAGCUAGAUGCUCUUUUGGAACAACAAAACACCAUUGAAAGUAAAAUGGUCACUCUCCACCGGAUGGGUCCCAACCUGCAGUUGAUUGAAGGAGAUGCAAAGCAGCUGGCAGGAAUGAUCACCUUUACUUGCAACCUAGCUGAGGAUGUGUCUAGCAAAGUCCGUCAGCUUGACCUGGCCAAGAAUCGCCUCUAUCAAGCAAUUCAGAGAGCUGAUGACAUCUUAGACCUGAAGUUCUGCAUGGAUGGAGUUCAGACUGCUCUGAGAAAUGAAGACUAUGAGCAGGCUGCAGCCCACAUUCAUCGCUACUUGUGCCUGGACAAGUCAGUCAUUGAGCUCAGCCGACAGGGUAAAGAAGGCAGUAUGAUUGAUGCCAACCUGAAAUUGCUGCAGGAAGCUGAGCAGCGCCUCAAAGCCAUUGUCACAGAGAAGUUUGCUAUUGCCACUAAGGAAGGAGAUCUGCCCCAGGUGGAGCGCUUCUUCAAGAUCUUCCCACUGCUGGGUUUGCAUGAGGAGGGAUUAAGCAAGUUCUCAGAAUACCUUUGCAAGCAGGUGGCCAGUAAAGCUGAGGAGAAUCUACUAUUGGUUCUAGGGACGGACAUGAGUGAUCGAAGAGCUGCAGUCAUCUUUGCAGAUACACUAACUCUUCUGUUUGAAGGGAUUGCCAGAAUUGUGGAGACCCACCAACCAAUAGUGGAAACCUACUAUGGGCCAGGGAGACUUUAUACCCUGAUAAAAUAUCUGCAGGUGGAAUGUGACAGGCAGGUGGAGAAAGUGGUAGACAAGUUCAUCAAGCAGAGGGAUUACCACCAGCAGUUCCGGCAUGUCCAGAACAGCUUGAUGAGAAAUUCUACGUCAGAAAAAAUAGAACCAAGGGAACUGGAUCCUAUCCUGACGGAGGUCACCCUGAUGAAUGCCCGCAGUGAGCUGUACUUACGCUUCCUCAGGAAAAGGAUCAGCUCAGAUUUUGAGGUGGGGGACUCCAUGGCCUCAGAAGAAGUAAAACAAGAGCACCAGAAGUGUCUGGACAAACUCCUCAAUAACUGUCUCCUGAGCUGCACCAUGCAGGAGCUGAUUGGUCUCUAUAUUACCAUGGAGGAGUACUUCAUGAGGGAGACUGUCAACAAGGCUGUGGCUCUGGACACCUGUGAGAAGGGCCAGUUGACAUCCAGCAUGGUGGAUGAUGUCUUCUACAUUGUUAAGAAGUGCAUUGGCCGGGCUCUGUCUAGCUCUAGCAUUGACUGUCUCUGUGCCAUGAUCAACCUCGCCACCACAGAGCUGGAGUCUGACUUCAGGGACGUUCUGUGUAAUAAGCUGCGGAUGGGCUUCCCAGCGACCACCUUACAGGACAUCCAGCGUGGGGUGACAAGUGCAGUGAACAUCAUGCACAACAGCCUCCAGCAAGGCAAAUUCGACACUAAAGGCAUCGAGAGCACUGACGAGGCCAAGCUGUCCUUCCUGGUGACCCUGAACAACGUGGAAGUCUGCAGUGAAAACAUAUCCACUUUGAAGAAGACCCUGGAGAGUGACUGCACCAAGCUGUUCAGCCAGGGCAUUGGAGGGGAGCAGGCCCAGGCCAAGUUUGACAGCUGCCUUUCUGACUUGGCUGCAGUGUCCAACAAAUUCCGAGACCUCUUACAGGAAGGGCUGACAGAACUAAACAGCACAGCCAUCAAGCCACAGGUGCAGCCUUGGAUCAACACCUUUCUGUCUGUCUCCCACAACAUCGAGGAGGAAGAAUUCAAUGACUAUGAGGCCAAUGACCCUUGGGUACAACAGUUCAUCCUUAAUCUAGAGCAGCAAAUGGCAGAGUUCAAGGCCGGCCUGUCCCCAGUCAUUUAUGACAGCCUGACCAGCCUCAUGACCAGCCUUGUUGCAGUUGAGUUGGAGAAAGUUGUGCUGAAGUCCACCUUCAACCGGCUGGGUGGUCUUCAGUUUGACAAGGAGCUGAGGUCACUCAUUGCCUACCUUACCACGGUGACCACCUGGACCAUCCGAGACAAGUUUGCUCGGCUCUCCCAGAUGGCCACAAUCCUCAAUCUGGAGCGGGUGACCGAGAUCCUAGAUUACUGGGGCGCCAACUCUGGCCCACUGACGUGGCGCCUCACUCCUGCUGAAGUACGCCAGGUGCUGGCUCUGCGCAUAGACUUCCGCAGUGAGGACAUCAAGAGGCUGCGCCUGUAGCUGCCAGGGUGAGCCCAACUGGCCCAUCACACUUCAGGGCCCAUUCUCUUAAGUGGCCACAGCCCAGAAGCUGAGCAAGUCUAUCUGGCUUGGGGGAAUUCUUCACAGCCCAGACGAUUCCACUACUGGCAGCAGGGAAACAAGACCUUGAUUCAGGCCAUUCUCUGUAAAUAGACCUGUCUGGGUGGUGAUUUGGGGACAGUCUCUCCCCACCAAGAGAGGUAGGUCCCCAUUGGCUCCUAGUUAGGUGGGAAAGCCAAGGCAGGCCAGCCUUCUGCAUGGGUGGUCAUUCUUUCGUCCUUGGAUGUUGUCGCAAAUGAGCUGCCUCUCUGUCAGUCCUAAAGGACUCGGAUUUAUCUAGGGACUUAAAGAAUUAGGUUUACUCCAAGGAGAGGCUGUGAUGUUUAUGAUCACCCUGAAUAAAGACACUCCUUGGAGAUA